CCAAAAAAAACUCUUUGAAUGAAAUUUUAAAAGAAACCAUUCGGUAAAUUAUCUAAAAUGUCUUUUAAAUCUGCAAGUCAUUAUAAAAUUUCGGUAAAGAAAUUUCGCUAAUAAUGUCAACUUAUGUAGUGGCAUCAUUGUGUGCUGUAACUGGAGUUACAUUUUUUAUAUUCGGUGCUCUUGUCCAACAACAUGUAUCAUAUAGAAAAAUAAAAUCUGUCAUGCUUACUGAUCCCUAUGUCUACCAAUGCCGAAAGCAUAUUUUUAACGCCUUAUCUUUUCUUGGACGUGUGACUAAAGGUUCCAUAAUAAAUAAUGCCAAAGGAAAGUCGAUAGUCACUGGAGAAAACAACAAACAAUUUUCCGAACGGCAAGAUAGCGUAUCCAUUUUCGAUCAAUUUAUACUUUGGAGUCGGACAAGGGCGUAUAAAGCAAUCAUGUACAUGACAUUUUCCGUCGGACAAGAAGGCUAUCCACAUGAGGAAAUCGCUCACGUAGCUGGAAUUAUGAAGUAUGGCUUUCCGGGAAUGGAUGAAAUACAUGUCUACAAGAAUUUUAUUCUUUCAUACGAUCGUCGUAAUCGUAUUGCCCACUGGGUAUGUGAACACGUUAAAGACGAGUGUUUAAGAAUGAGGGAUCUGAAGACGUUGCAUAAACCGAAUGAAUACCUAGCGGAUAAUACCAUACCACCCAUGUUUAGUGCUAAUAUGCGGGACUUUAGAAACAGCGAUUGGGUCGGAGGUCAUUUGGCCUCCCCCCAAAACUACAAAUGCGAUAUACUACGAUUUAUGGAAGCCUAUAAAUUUCCCAACAUAGUACCCAUCAACAGGGGACUGAAAAAUCACAUUUGGCUUCGCUUGGAGAACUAUGUUAGGGAAAUGGCUUUAAAAUUUGGUUCAGUCUAUGUCUACACCGGUCCUCUGUUUAUGCCCCAAAGGAUUACUUUCCGAAACUGGUCUAUACGUCACCAUGUAAUGGGCAUGAACACGGUGGCUGUUCCAACUCAUUUUUUUAAAGUCAUUAUAAGGGACGAUGGUGAAGAUGGUGAUUUACCAUUAAUGGAGGGCUUUGUGGUGCCAAAUGCUGAUGUCGACAAGGAAAUGGAUCUGCGAUCAUUUCUAUGUGAUGUUCAUGAUAUUGAGCACUUUGCGGGGCUCAAAUUUUGUGAUGGCCAUCAGCGGGACCCAGUAGAUCUGCCUGUUAAUGCGCCUUCCAUGACCGAUCUUCGAGGAUCGGAUUAGUUAUGGGAGAUGAACAUAUGUAUUUAACACUUAAAUCUAAAUUUUAACCCACUAGAAUUUA